AUGGACUACCCAAUCUUCACAGGAAAUGAAUUGUGCCAGCUAACUUGCCGAACACCGACAGUGUCAAGUUCCUUCACAAUUAAUGACAGACCGGGAGAUUUCUGCGAUGGCACGCAGUGUUGGGAUGAGGAUGGGACUGAUGUGAAAUCAACACAGUUGUGCAUCGGUGGACGCUGUCAGAAAUUUGGUUGCGAUGGUGUUCUGAAUUCUAAUGCGGUUUAUGAUGACUGUCGAGUUUGCGGUGGUGACGGAUCAUCGUGUAACUGCACUACUGGGGGCACUACCACUCGUAUGUCUGGUUUGGAGGCCGUUUAUGCAACAAUACCAAUUGGUUCAACGAGUAUUACAGCUGAUACGUAUGAUGCCAAUGCCUUUGUAGGACUCAGAGUGAAUGGGAUCUUCAUCGUUGGUGUUAAUGUCAGUGGUGGAAAUAUAUUAAGUUCAUCUGGUCGUUACACAGUUGGAAACAUGGUAGUGGAUUUCAAUCGCAUGACCAGUUCAUCACACCUAAGAUCACUCACUGAACCUUCAACGGAAACACUUGACAUAUUAAACUGGGUAGGAUCGGGAACACUAAACUUCACGUACAGGUAUUGUACCCCAGCCCCAAUACCAACACCCAGCUCUACCAGUACAUUAAUUAUGAGUACGAUGUCCAUGGAAGGAGCAACUACCAUGUCUAUGGCGACCCCUACAUCAGAAUCCUCUUCAUCCAUGACUUCUACUGCAACCACGAGUGAGCCUACUGCAACCACAACUGGGCCUACUGCAACAACGAGUGAGCCUACUGCAACCACGAGUGAGCCUAUUGCAACCACGACUGGGCCUACUGCAACCACGAGUGAGCCUACUACAUCUAUGAGUGAGCCUCUUGCAACCACGACUGGGCCUACUGCAACCACGACUGGGCCUACUGCAACCACGAGUGAGCCUACUGCAACCACGAGUGAGCCUUCUGCAACCACGAGUGAGCCUACUGCAACCACAACUGGGCCUACUGCAACCACGAGUGAGCCUACUGCAACCACGAGAGAGCUAACUGCAACCACGACUGGGCCUACUGCAACCACGAGUGAGCCUACUGGAACCACAAGUGAGCCUACUGCAACCACGAGUGAGCCUACUGCAACCACGAGUGAGCCUACUGCAACCACGACUGGGCCUACUGCAACCACGAGUGAGCCUACUGCAACCACGACUGGGCUUACUUCAACCACGACUGGGCCUACUGAAUCCACGAGUGAGCAUACUGCAACCACGAGUGAGCCUACUGCAACCACGAGUGAGCCUACUGCAACCACGACUGGGUCUACUGCAACCACGAGUGAGCCUACUGCAACCACGACUGGGCUUACUGCAACCACGACUGGGCCUACUGAAUCCACGAGUGAGCAUACUGCAACCACGAGUGAGCCUACUGUAACCACGACUGGGCCUACUGCAACCACGAGUGAGCCUACUGCAACCACGACUGGGCCUACUGAAUCCACGAGUGAGCAUACUGCAACCACGAGUGAGCCUACUGUAACCACGACUGGGCCUACUGCAACCAGGAGUGAGCCUUCUGCAACCACGACUGGGCCUACUGCAACCACGAGUGAGCCUACUGCAACCACGACUGGGCCUACUGCAACCACGAGUGAGCCUACUGCAACCACGAGUGAGCCUACUGGAACUACGAGUGAGCCUACUGCAACCCCGACUGGGCCUACUGCAACCAUGAGUGAGCCUACUACAACCACGACUGGGCCUACUGCAACCACGAGUGAGCCUACUGCAACCACGAGUGAGCCUACUACAACCGCGAGUGGGCCUACUGCAACCACGACUGGACCUACUGCAACCCUACUGCAACAACUAGUGAGCCUACUGCAACCACGACUAGGCCUAGUGCAACCGUGA